GGAGGGCUGGAUAAUGUGACUUGUAAUGUGACAUAUGCCACUCGUUCCCGUCAUCAUCGUCGUUAUUCUUGUGUUUUUUGACUGUUUUUCCCAAACACACAUAUAUACACAUUUACACACACACAAAAACACACACAUGCAUACGCCGCCGCCGUAUCGACCUACGCUGAUUGAACGACUCGAAGACCUUGCCUCCACAGGGACAUUGGCAACGACAGAAGAAGAAACGUUUACAAAGCACUCUGCCACGUUGGACAAUGGAAUGACGGCCACACCUCUCUCUCCUCACAUCACAGCUCUCCUUCGCCCGCCUCCAACCCCGCCUCCUGCAUGGACAGACUGGUCCUGGGUCGAAAUUACUAAAAGGGACUUUUCAGACUUGGAAAUCAUUUCUCUGUCGAGUGGGAGAAGUCUCACGCCGCUGCCUUUUGUAAACACGGCAAACUGCACUCUUCCCUUGCCCAUUGUCGACGUCCCUCCCAAUCCCACUCCACCAGAAGACCAGGACGGAUACAAAACUUGCAGCAGCAGCAGCGCCGCAGUGUGUGGGUCGGAUACCUCAUCGGAACCGGGAUUGAGAAAAAGGAGAAAAACAAAAAACAGGAAAAGAUUGGAGGGAAAGGCAACAUGGAAAUGGUGGGUAUGGGGCGUUGAGAUUUGGGAAGGCAACGACGGAUGGUAG